AUGCAGAUAGAUAUAAACAAUUUACGAGGUUGGGUCAACGAAGGAAACAUAUUUGUUGUAGAUCGGGGAUAUAGAGAUGCAGUGGAAUUUCUUAAAAAUCUAGGUUUUUGUUGCGAUAUUCCUCCUAACCUACCUCGAGGACAGCGGCAGUUCACGGUAGAAGAGGCCAAUAGGGCACGACUGAUUACAAAAACGAGAUGGAUUGUGGAAUCUAGAAAUGACCAUCUAAAAAAUAUCCUUAAAUUUUUUAAAAAUACAAUUCAAUUGGAUCAUUGUGUGCACUUGAAAGAUCUAUUAAAAAUUGGGUGUGCACCAAUUAAUAGGUAUCACCAAACACUUACCAUACCAGAUGCUACGCCUGAGUUGUCAAGAAGACUUGUACAAAUUGCUGCAGAAAAUUACAGUAGGGUGCAAGCACGCGUAAAAUGUGAUAAUUUGUUCGUAGAAGGAGAGUGUGAAAAGCAACUACCAGAAGUUAAAAUUAUCAGAGAUGAUAUUAAAAAAAGCAGUGAAAGAAGUGUUCAAACAGACACCAUUAGGAAGCAAACAUGUACAUGCAAAAAUCUUCCAAGUUCAUUUGAUGUUCCUAAACCCAAUACAUUAGUAAAAUUAUGUAAACAAAUUAAUUGUUUUGAUGCCGAGGAAAAGACAAGGAAAGAUAAAAAAUUAGCUUCAGAUGAAAAGGUUUUAAAGAAUUUAAAUUUUCCGUAUGAUAAACCAAUUUACAAAGAUCUAAUUCCGUUGAUGUGUGAAAAGAAUCAAUCUCCACCUACUUCAGUACGGAGUCCAUUGCCCCAAAAAGACAAAGAACCAGUUCUUUCUGAUUUUUUAGAACUCAAAAGGUUUCCCGAUUAUUUUGUUUUACAUUCUACUGAAAUAGAAGAUAAAAUGUCCCAAUCUAAAAAUAAUAACCUAAGAUUAUAUAAAAUUUUAGAUAUUAAUAGUUGAUAUUUUUUUCUAAAAACAACUAUCUAUUUUAAGGCCUAUGUUUUACUAAUUUUAAGAUCUAAAAAUAUAAAUUUCUUUAUUCGAAUUUACUACUAUAUAUUUAAUAUUAUUGAAUUAACAAAUGUAUAUGCAAUUUUCAAGUUUGUUGUAAGAUUUUUAAGUUAAUAUUCGAGAAUAAAUCAGAUUUAAAAGU